UUUGCGUUCGAUCGGAGUCCGAUACCUUUGCAGCCUUGGUACCGACGUAACGGUGGCGAUGCUGUUGACCAGCGGGAUGCGGUGGUGGUUGUAGUUGCCCUUGAACUCGAUGAAGGUACCUCGAUUCUCUCCUCGCUGUACCAAGAAGAAUCCGCCACCAGUUCUCUUCCCCUCGCAUGGCGCAGCUCCAGCCGCCCAUUCUCUUCCUUCCACACCGCCCACUUCUUCCUCUCCCCCGCCCCAAGUCGCCCCUCAAAAUAUCUCCUCCUCCUGUCGUCCUACUAUUCACUAGCUCGCUCGCUCCUUGCUCGCGAUGGCGAUUCCCUCGUUGACUGAUCGGAAUCCCACGGGCCUUGUGGCUUGAAUCCCGUCAAUUUUCCCAGUUCGAAUGGUCGAUGGUCGAGUCCUGGCUGCGGUUCUUGCCUGGAAUCGAUGUUCCAUGUCGACCCCGAUGUGAAUCGCGCUGCCCGUCAUCGGAUCGGGUUCAGCGCGGCGUGCCCUCUUUCUUGGCAUGUCGGUGCCGCAGGAUUCCUUCGGAGUAGCGACUCAGAUAGGCGAUGCUAGCGGAGGCGGAAAUCGGCAUCGGCUUGGUCGUAGAAUUGGUAAAAGAUUGCGUUUUGGGAUUCUCUCGAAUGAGCUUCGAUUUAGGUGCGCGGCAUCUACGCCACCGGGGAAGAGUGGUAACCCCAACUUGCCCGUUGAUUUGGUUAACUCUGCUAGGGGAACUGUCAUCAAACAGAUUUCGGGCAAGCUGGACAACAAGGAUCCGAAACACUUGGCGUCCAGCUUUACGAACUACAGGGACGAUCCUUUGGUGGAUAAGCUGAGGACGCAGCUUGGCGUGAUUCGUUCCAUCCCUUCUCCGCCCAUAAAUAGGAAUAUCGCAGGCUUCUUCGUGCUCUUUUUCCUCGUUGGAGUGGCUUUCGACAAGGUUUGGAAUUUAAGGAAGAGGGAGAAGUCGGCCCGGGACGUCGACAAUGGCACGUGGCCACAGGCACCAACGAGCCUCUCUAUAUUUCUUGAGAAGGACCUUCGGAGGAAAGAGUCGGUCGAAUGGGUAAACAUGGUCUUGGGGAAGCUUUGGAAGGUCUAUAGGUCCAGAAUCGAGGAUUGGGUUAUUGGGUUGCUCCAGCCGGUAAUAGAUAACCUCAAAAAGCCUGAUUAUGUGCAGAGAGUUGAGAUUAAGCAGUUUUCCAUUGGGGAUGAGCCACUAUCUGUCAGGAGCGUUGAAAGGAGAACUUCUCGUGGUGUUAAUGACUUGCAGUAUCAGAUUGGCAUUCGUUACACUGGUGGUGCUCAGAUGUUGCUGUCCCUAUCAUUAAAUUUUGGCAUUAUUCCCAUUGUUGUACCUGUUGGGAUCCGUGAUUUUGAUAUAGAUGGAGAGCUUUGGGUAAAGUUACGGUUAAUACCCACUGGACCAUGGAUAGGGGCUGUGUCAUGGGCUUUUGUGUCUCUUCCAAAAAUUAAGUUUGAGCUCUCACCAUUCAGUCUGUUCAAUCUAAUGGCAAUUCCUGUUCUCUCAAUGUUUCUUACAAGGCUUCUAACAGAAGAUUUGCCUCGACUCUUUGUGCUUCCAAAAAAGAUCGUUCUUGAUUUCCAGAAGGGGAAAGCACUUGGUCCUGUUUCACAUGAUUUUAAAGUUGAAGCAGUGCAGGAGAGAAGUAAAGAUUUUGUUGGAGAACUGUCAGUCACUCUUGUGGAUGCUCGAAAACUUGCUUAUCCCAAAAUUGGGAAGACAGAUCCAUAUGUUGUUUUAACUCUUGGUGAUCAAGUAUUUCAGAGUAAGAAAAAUAGCCAGACAACAGUCACUGGACCUCCUGGAGAACCAAUUUGGAACCAAGAUUUUGAUCUGUUUGUUGUAAAUCCUGGAAAGCAGAAGCUGUACAUCCAAGUAAAAGACUCCUUUGGUUUCGCAGAUUUCACAGUUGGCACAGCAGAGGUCGAGCUAGAGUCCCUACAAGAUACAGUGCCUGCAGACAGAGUAGUUGCUUUACGUGGUGGAUGGAGUCUAUUCAGAAAUAAAUCAUCUGGAGAAGUAUUACUUCGACUCACAUAUAAAGCUUAUGUUGAGGAUGAAGAAGAUGAUCUGUUGGAAACAGAGUUUGUGGAUGAUCAUGCACCUGAUGAUAUCUCAGACUAUGACCAACCAAAUGGAACAUUUGAGCAAAGUGGUUAUCCUAGUGGAAAAGAAAGAGAAGCUUUUAUGGAUGUCCUGGCGGCUUUGAUUGUGAGUGAGGAAUUCCAAGGAAUAGUGACAUCUGAAACAGAAAAUUCAGAAGUUACUGGUGAAUCUAGAAAUGUGACAUCCCCAGUAUCAACUACAAUAGGUCUUACUGAUGAGACGUCUACUAUUGAUUCAAACAAAAGUUCCAGUAGUUCUGAUGAUUUAGAACUAGUAUGGCUUGCUGUGGUAACGGUUACAGUGGUUCUGAUUGCUCGUACCAUGGGUGAUUCAAGCUUGUUCAAUCCAUAGCAUUUGCAGGUAUAUAUGGAUGUCCUUAGUGUAUUUGAAAUAAGCAGCUCUUAGUAAUUUUACAUGAUAUGCUUGCAUAUUUGAUGUCUAAAUUAUCUGUUCAUUUUUUUUGGUUUAUAUAUGAAACAAACGUCUCUAUGAUCAAUCCAAAAGUUGUCUUUAACUCACACAAACUUACACUCUUUUGUGGCACAUAGAACUUUGUACUUGCUGAAAGAGUUUACCAAAAAUAUCUAGUUGGUUGUUGAACUUCUGGUGAUCCUGUAAGACAUGGGAUGAGAAUACUAUCCCAUAUUGGUGAGGCAUUCAUAUUGGAACUAAAUGAUUCCUGAUCUUCCAACAUCCAUUGUUUUAGAUGGUAAGAGUGUCAUUCUCUUUUAGAUAGCAGUAUAGGGUCUAAUCUCCAUCUUACACAAGCUGUUACCUGCCUUCAUGAUGGAUGACACCUGUGUCGGUUGUGGGGCUGAAUAGAAUUAAUGAAUGACGUGCCUAUUUGUGGUCUAUGAUGCCUUGCUUCCCUUGUGACUUAUGCUACAGGAUGCAGUCUCCCUUCUGAAAAAAGAAGAGGGUAGUCGGUUUAGAGAUUCUAGGCCUAGCGAUACAGAAACCAGUCAGAUUGUUGUAUUUCAAAUUCUUCCACCGGUAAGGUACGUAUGUACUUGCAUCUUGUUUCUACCUUUUUAUUUUGCAUCCUAUUUCCACCUAUUAUUUAAUAACAAGUUAAACAGUAAUGCUUGUCCAUUUCAAAUUGCACUGGAGUUGUCAGAUUGUUGAUGCCCAUCAUCUGCUUCUCUCUACAAUUUCUUUCCAUACUCAUAGAUGAACAUGCAAUUUGCUUGAUAUUUUGCACCGCACCCUCCUGUGUGAUGGUCCAAAUUUUGUUAAACAUGCAUGAUCUGAUGACAAGCUCUGUUGUUAUCUGCAGGCUCCAUUCUGUACAUGCUCCAGGGCAGAGUGGAAUCAACUAAAUGAUUAUUGUUCAAAAUUCUUCUUCUCAUGUAAAAUUAGCUCACUACAGUAAAAAUGCUUUUGCAACCAUUUCUGGGGUUCAAUUCACAUCUCUAAUUCUCAGAUCUUUCGUCCAUUGUCCACUUAACUUAGGAAUGUUCCGUUUAUGUCCGUCCAUUAGGGAUGGUAAUCUCAGUGGGCUGUAUCUACAGGAACAAUGCUCUGUCAAAGACCUCCAAACCGUAUGAAAUCUGAAGGAAAAAUGAAGACCACAAAGACUCUUUGAGGCGGAACUUGGUCUUGAGACAUGGCUUGGUUUCGUGAUGAACAUGCAAGUUGUUGUCAUAUAUGCCACUAAGCAGGGGGAAGUCGUUGACCCAAUGUACAGUUGCAGUCGUUGGUAUUGGUGGGUUAGAGAUGCUUCAGUGGGAUUUGUGUAAAAGCUACAAUACUUCCCUGCUUUUGUUUUUGUUAAUAUCAGUGCGAAUCAUAUUGUUGGCUAUCAUCA